UCAUUCGAAUUUUGGGAAUUUUGUCACUUGUGUAAUUCACUAAAAAGACUUUUUAUCGUACUGUAUUUACUAGCUUUCGUGAAUUAACUGAUAUAUUUUAACAAAUUAGUGUAAUAAGAUAGUGAUAAGUGCAUAAAGUAUUCAAAAUGCCGAGAACAAAGCGACCCGCUCACGUAAAGGAGAAAUCUGAAGAUAAAGACGAUGUGUUGAAGAAACUUGACAAAAUCGUGGCUGAACAGAAAGCGAAUAUAGACGCGCGGGUACACAUGGAGUGCAGAAAUCUGGACCUCGCAUUCAAAAUGCUGAUUGGAAGCAUGAGUAGCACUGUUUUGAACAAAACCAUUGCACAGCUGAAAAGUGAAAUUCACAUGAAAGAAGUGCCUAACACCACCAGGAAAACUAGAAACUUGAGCAGAGCAACCUCCCACGAUGAUGGGUACAUCACCGAGACCUCGCAGGGCUCCGCCGAGCGCGGCAAGAAGAUGGGGCCUCCGUCAACCAACCGCGCUUCUCGCUCUCGUUCCGCCGACGCCUCCGCGCGCAAGAUGGCGGCGCCGCGGACAGAAAUCAAACCCAGGCGACGAUCGCGCUCUGUGCUGUACAAGACCCCCGCCUACAACAAGACCGCCACCAAACACUACCCGGAUAUCACUCCCAAGGUGGCGCCGCAGACGCCGCUGACGCUGCUGCGGCACGCGCGGCACGGCGAGAUGCUGAUCUCCAUGUCCGGCUCGCCGGUCAUGCCUCCCGCCGGAGCCAUAUCGACGCACAGCAAGGCGCAUGUCAACUUCAUGCUCAACGACGGCACCAUGUUGUCCCUGCAGCCCAACCAGCUGCGCGAGUCACAGGCCUUCAUCCCGUCCUCUCUGAUGGACGCCAACGUGCUUAACCAGUUGAAGAUUCUUGAGGACAACCUCGCCAUAGUCGUCAAGAUGGGCCAGAACGGCUUUAAGAAGUGACUUCACACACACACAAUAACAAAUUUUAGAUACAAGAUAGGUAAAGCAAGAACCCGAUUAUUCAGUAAGGACGAGGAACGUGGCAACACUGCGUCUCUGCCUACAUCCCAUGCGACUCGUCGAGUGUGUGGAAGGGGUUUAAGGGAUCAGUGACGUCACUAGGCAAUAAUGCCAACAUUACAAUAAGACACUAUGUAAAAUACUGACUAGUGCAAGUGAGACACAGUCCCUUAGUUGAUUCUCUUUUGGACAGUUCUCUAGUCUAUGAUCGACCGUCUUACUUGGUGAUAAAGGUCAAUUUUUAAUAGCAAAAGUGACAUUACUAUCCGGUUCUAUAUACACACAUCCGUGCACUGUUGAGCGCAAUCUUUUUAAGCUGCCUAAAGGGGCCCACUGACUAUCAGUCCGCCGGACGAUAUCGGCCUGUCAGUUGUUCGGAACUGUCAAAUUUUUGUUCUAACUUACAGGCGGCAGUCCGGCGGACUGAUAGUCAGUGGGCCCCUUAAAUCGGGAACACGGUUUUUUCCUAAACUUAGCACAUCUAAUACAAUAAUAGAAUCUUUGAUUUGAUAUAACUGAAUUACUGAACUGUUUCAAUAGAAAAUAUUUCCAAAAUUUAAUUGUCACUGGACGGGAGCGCUUAAAAACACUUGCAAACAGUUAAUGGGUUAACCCCUCGUAUGCUGCCUGUCAAAUUUGAUCAUUGAAAAAGUGACCUGGACAUUAUUUAAAACAAUAGAUUUAAAUUCCCACGCACGAAUCCGUGUCCAAGUAUACGAAGGGUUAAUAGUGCUUAUGGUAUAAUUAUAGUUAUAAUUUUAUAAAUAAUGUAACUUUUCUAAAUUUUGAAGGGUCCCCGGCAAGCUCGGCCGAAUUUCACCUUCCCAUACAAACGGAGUUUUGUUCUCAUUUUAAUACUACGUGUUGGAUUGUAAUGAAACUUUGCACAUACAAUGACAUGGGAUAUAUCUAGGUCUGUAAUUAGUUUAAUUUUAAUAUAACUAGUAUGUAAAACAAACAAAAUAGAGCAAAAACAAGUUUUGUAUGAAAAACUUAAAUUGGCUGUAUUUCAUUAACUAUCUGAAGCUACAUAAACUAAUUAUAGGUAUAGAUAUACCUUAUCCUAUUGUAAGUACAAAGUUUCAGAGCAAUCUAGCUAGUUUUAAAAUGAGAGCGGAACUACGUUUGUUUGGAGAUCCGAGCUUGCCGGAGACCCUUAAAUAGGAAUUAUUGUGAAUGCUAGAUGUGCGUUUGUAUUGUAUUAUUCAUUUUUAUUGUUAUGGCUGGCAAUGAUGUGUGCGUGUAAUGUAAUUAUUGAUAUUAUAGUUUCAAUUUUA